UAUUUCCGUUGACUCCCAUUUCCCAAAUGGAAAUUUUCGUUUCUGAUUUCUCUCUCUGUCUUAUAAAUAAAACUCCCGCUCUGUAUCCUCCCAGGCUACAAGUUUAAUAUCAGACGAAGACAGAGAACAAACAACAUACAUAGUUUUGCAGUCAAAAGCUAUACUGAAUUUUGCAUGUUACAAUGUCUACCUCUCAGAUUCUUUAUGAUUAUACUCCUAAAAUGAAAGCCAAAGCAAGAGCUUACUGGUACUGGAACUGGAACUGGAACUCCAGAGCAAGGUUUGGUUUACGUGCUGUUUUUCUUUUCUGUUUUUUGUUCUUCAUUGCUGGCUUCCUCAGUUCGAGCCGUCGCUCUGAGUGGGUUUCGGGAGUUAGGCGGAGAACAGAGAGGCAGCUGGACUCGAUGGAGUAUGAUUUGAUGGGACAUGGAAAAACUGGAGAUGAUUCUAUUUCUGUUAUUCCUUUUCAGGUUAUAAGUUGGAGGCCGCGGGCUUUUUAUUUUCCAAAAUUUGCAACUCCAGAGCAAUGCCAACACAUAAUCAACAUGGCAAAGUCAAACCUUGAACCCUCCAAAUUGGCUUUGAGGAAGGGAGAAUCAGAACAUAAGCGGCAGAAUGUUCGAACAAGCAUGGGCACGUUUCUUAGUGUUUCUCAAGAUAGUACUGGGGUUUUGGAUGCCAUUGAAGAAAAAAUUGCAAAGGCCACAAAGCUUCCAAGGACUCAUUAUGAGGCUUUCAAUGUCUUGCGCUAUGAGCUUGGUCAAAAGUAUGACUCACAUUUAGACGCGUUCCCUUCUGAAAUAUAUGGCCCACAAAAGAGCCAAAGGGUUGCUACCUUUUUGGUUUACUUAUCAGAUGUUGAAGUAGGAGGGGAAACUGCAUUUCCAUAUGAGAAUGGGUUGAACAUGGAUGGAAGUUAUGAUUUCAAAAAAUGCAUUGGUCUGAAAGUGAAGCCACGCAUGGGAGAUGGAUUUCUAUUUUAUUCAUUGUUCCCCAAUAAUACGAUUGAUCCGACAUCACUUCACGGGAGCUGUCCAGUAAUCAAAGGGGCAAAAUGGGUGGUUACCAAGUGGAUCAGGGAUCAAAAUUUUCUUUAGUUCUGGCAUUCAGCAUUCAGCCUCCUGAUAUCAGUCAAGUUGUUUAGAGUUUCUGACUUUUCUUGUUUAUAACAAAAUUUUCCCAUUAAAUACCAAUAAAAAAAAUUCUUGCACAGAGGUUGAUCCUUUUUGCUCAUGUAUUUGUUGGAAAAAGAAGAAUAAGUUUAUACAGAUUUCACAUGUAUCUAGAUAUAAUAGCAAAAUGGAUAAAAUAAUAUUUGCA